AUCUUAAAAACCAGGACGAUGGAUAAAGUCCAAAAUCCCAACAUAUCAUACCAAUACCGUAUUCUCCGAAGAGGUUGUGAGUCAACACUGCUUUUGGCGCUUUUGGACACAGCUUGACAGCUGCGGGUGUUGGGGCUGGUUGUGUCGAAUUCUUGGCUAUCUGUGAGGACUGACAAAGUGGUACAAUGUUUCUGAGAAGUAAAACUGGGCUCCUGGAAGGAGUACGGAAACCUGUGCAGCGACAGGAGCCAAUGAACUCUGCCGAGUUCCCAAACUUUGUAUGUCCAGCGCCAUACACACUGCGCCCAUUUGCAGGGGUGUACAAUCCCUUUCCAUAUGGAUGUUCCAUUCUCUGCAACCAUCCAGCAGAUUACGAAGCUAAAGAUCUUGUCAAGAGAGCAAAGGAUUCAUGGGCUACAGAGGGGAAAGCACUCCUGCUUCCAGAAGAAAUUGCUGCAAUUCACGCAGGUUUCCUUCAGGGCUCACUUCCUGCUCCAUAUGAUGAUGUGGAAGAUGCUGUCCCAGAGGAACUUUUUCGUCCUUACACUGACACUGACUCAAGACCCCUGACCCCAGCUCCUACUCUGGCGAGCAUCAUGACCAAAGGAUCACUUCGACGCUGUGUCACCCCUGACCCAAUCCCAACACACAUUCUGAAUCCAACCCGGGAGCGAACAGUUCUUCUACUUGAUCUCCGCCGAAGUCACAGUCAGGACAUCCUGAGUUGGCAGGGAUUAGGUCUACCAGCUACAAGCGCCUUUCAUUCUCUGUCUAGAGAUGUAUCUCCAGUUGAAAUAGGCCAGGAUGAGCACGUUCCCCAGAAGAAGAAAAUCAGUGUUAAAAAAAAAGGAGCUGUAAGUGGGAAGAUUGAGGAAAAUGAUAAAAGUGUACAUCAGAAGUUGCAGCAGCAGGUAGUGCAAAGCGUGAAGACACUCUCAGUCCCCAGUGACUCUGUGAAUAUUCUGAUGGACAUGUCAGGUAGCAAUGGAGAAGAGGAUCUGCCUAAACGUCGGGGUAAGCAUCGCCGCCAUCGAAAGAAAUCAGGCAGGGAUGGAUCCAGGGAGCCUGAGGAGUUUCAGGGGCUUGCUGAACCUGGAGAGACACAAGUGUCUGCAAUGGUCAAUGACUUCAAAAACAUCAGUGCCCGACCUUCCCUGACCCCAGGAGCUGGCCCAGGAGAAGUAGAAAUUGCAGACAACCAGCAAGUUUCUUCUCUUGAAGGGCACAGGUCCAGCCAGAGUGGUAGUUCUUUUAUUGAUGCAGCUAUUCUGAAGCAGCUACAAAGAGAACUGGACCAGGAAGUUAUAGACAGUGAGUUUAAUCCAAAGAGGUGCAGAGCCCUUAAAGAAGCUCUGAAAUCUUGUCCUGACAAAAAACCACCAAUAAGUGAAGAGAUGAAACGACUGAAGUGUGAGAUGAGACUUCAUUCAAGUUCUAUUGAAAAUCUGCUUAAUCUACCUAGAAAUUUCUCGCGCCAGAGCUCCAGGUUCGAACUGCCUUUGGACAGCAGACUCCUCAACACAAUGACUCCUAUGCAGUAUAUACAGCGUUACAUUUGCAUCUCCAGUGGCCGCCGACAGCUUUAUAAUACAGUGUUCAACAGGCACAAAGAGAAAGUGGAAGAGGAUGAGACAGAACGUCGAAUUGUAGGCCAGAAUGUGGCGGUAGCUCUUGGAGAAAUAAUGGGCCGUCCGUUAAGCAAUGAGCAAUGUAAAUACAUCAGAGACCUGAUUGGCUGGGAAGACUGUGAUCUACUAGAUUUUCGGACAUGGUGUGGUUUAUGUGCACUGUGUGAACGCCUUCUAGCACCAAAGUUCAUUAAUUUACUUCCGUCAAGGUUAACAGACCCAUGUCACGAGGUGGAACAAGCUGAUUUUGAAACUCUGCCCCAAAGACUGCAGGGGCUUCACCCAGAUCCUCGACUUGUUACCAUUCUUCACAGUAUAUGGAAACUGUAAACAGACUAUACUUGAAUAUGUAUCAUGUCUCAUCAUUACAUACCAUACUUUACAGAUCAAUUUUGACUUUUAUGGUAUGCAUCCUGUUGUGUGUCAUACAAAAGAUAUAUAAUGGGGUAGUCUACCCAACAUUAGUGCUGAAAGAGACAAACAGACACUACUGUGUCAGCAUUUGUUUUAUUGACUGUGGGUGGUAACCAAUGUUGAUCUUCAAGGUGUGACCAUGAACAUGGGAGCUGGGAUAGCACAGUCAGUAUAGCAACUGGCUAUGGCCUGGAUGAUCAAGGGUCCCGGUAGGCCCAAGAAUUUCUAUCUCCACAUCAUCCACCCUGGCUUUGGGGCCCUAUGUAUAUAUAUGCUACUUCACAUGUAGUAAAGAAUAACAGCGGCACGCACACAGGAAGACUACACAG